AUGGAGACAAGUGUUGAAACAAACACUAAACACCAGUUUCUUGUUUCAGAUGCCGUCGAUUGUAAUGACCAACGAAUAAGUGAUAUUAAGCCGAAGAAAUCGUUCGUUCAAAUGAGUGUCAUCUCAGAGCCGGUGUCCCUCUCGUGGCACGACAUCAAUGUCUUCGCCAAAGAUUCUUUGGCCAAACGGAAGAAAUUAGAUCCAAAACAUAUACUGAGAAAUGUCAGUGGUUGCGUAAAAUCUGGUCAAUUGAUGGCCAUAAUGGGCGCGAGCGGUGCCGGCAAAACAACCCUAAUGAAUGUGUUGACGCAAAGAAAUUUAUCGGACAUCACAGUCGAGGGUUCGGUCAAAAUCAACGGCAAAUUAGCUGAUCCGAGUAGCCUCACAGCCCUCUCUGCAUACGUGCAGCAAAACGACCUCUUCAUCGGCGCCCUCACCGUUAAGGAACACUUGAUAUUUCAGUCACGCGUUCGUAUGGAUCAGUAUUUAUCCGAAGAGAUCAAAGAGGACCGAAUCCAACAGGUCUUACAAGACUUGGGUUUAUCUGAAUCGUCAGACACUAUGAUUGGAAAGCCAGAAGAAGCCGGAGGAAUAUCUGGUGGAGAGAGAAAGAGAUUAGCGUUUGCUUCUGAGUUAUUAACGAACCCAUCGAUUAUGCUGUGCGACGAACCGACCUCUGGUUUGGACUCGUUUAUGGCCUUAAGUGUAGUGGAAGUGCUCCGAGAUAUGGCAGCUUCGGGUCGAACAGUUGUCUGCACAAUACAUCAGCCGUCAUCAGAAGUGUUCAGUAUAUUUAGCCAUCUCUUGCUUAUGGCAGAGGGAAGAGUCGCUUAU